AUGUGCUGGAAGACAUUGCUGCUUCUGCUGUUGUAUUACAACGCACAGGCUACCGUGUCCCACAGGUGGAACAGGGCCCUGCUCUUCCCUGCUGCCCAUCGGCCGAAGCGGUCCUCAUCCUUGCCCUUGAACCCAGUCCUGCAGACCUCCCUGGAGGAGGUGGAACUGCUCUAUGAGUUCCUGCUGGCCGAGCUCCGCAUCAGCCCAGACCUGAAGAUCUCCAUCAAGGACGAGGAGCUCGACUCCCUGAGAAAGGCCUCGGCCUUCCGCACAGUCUGCAAUGACGUCAUCCCUAAGCGCCUCCCGGACAUCCGCAGGCUGAGCGCCAGCCUCGCUGGCCGCCCGGGCAUCCUCAGGAGAGAGGACUUCGAAAGGACCGUGCUGACCCUGGCCUACACGGCCUACCGCACCGCCCUGGCCCACGGGUAUCAGAAGGACGUCUGGGCCCAGUCGCUGGUUAGCCUCUUCCAGGCGCUGAGACAGGACUUGCUGCGGUCCUCAGGCCCCAGAGCAUCUCCCUCGGAGCAGGCACCUGCACACACGGCAAUCCAGAAAGUCUGA